GAAUUAUCUUGGAUUCCAGAAGAUAACAAAGGUAAACAUUUAUAUAGAGGGCAUGAAAAAAAAAGAACAACAGAAGGACAUUAGAUCGUAGAUGGCUGGUGUGCUACCAAGAACAAAUCUUCCGGUAGAAAUUGUGGAUUAUUUUCGGAAAGAGAGAAGACGGCAUAGUGAAAAUGUAGAUACUUCAGUCAACACGUCGCGUAAAAAAUCACCAAGAAACAGUCACAAUAUAUCUAAGUGUGAUACUCUGGGAAUACUGAUUGACAAACCAAAAUACAGAAAAUAUAGUACUCUUCUGUCACGAAUUGCUUCUUUUGAAAAUUGGCCACAGAAUAAAACACAGGAAAUAAAACAGUUAGCAGAAGCUGGAUUCGCGUAUACAGGAACUGAUGACUCUGUUAGAUGUUUUUAUUGCAGUAAAGGACUAAGAGACUGGCCAGAAGGAGCAUGUCCCUGGGAACAACAUGUUCUAGCCAGCCCCGACUGUGGUCACGUGAUUCAAUGUAAAGGUAAAGGAUAUAUUAGAAAAAUCCUAGGAGAAGGACACCAAGACUCUGAUGUUGACGUAGACGAUUCAGAUGAAAUAGUUGAUACUGUACAGCUAGCUAUAAAUAGAAAUGAAAAUGCUGUUUCUGCUGCAAGAGAGUAUUGUGCAGACGAAGGUAUUUUGAAAAAGGCAAUAAAAACACUGAUAAAACAAGAUCUACAGAAAGAAUUCUCAGCUGUUGAACUUGUAAAGGUAAUACAAGAAAUUGGGGAGACAAGCGAAAAUGCAAACGCGACAUCACAGCUUUCCGAAGAUGAAGAGCAAGACGAUAUAGAAACAGACGGAGAAGUUUCUGAAUCAGACGAAGAGGAUAUGGAAGAAGCAAACAGAAAAUUAAAGGAGCCAGUAACGUGUAAAAUAUGUUAUGAUGCAAUUGCAUGUAUUAUUACGUUACCCUGUGGUCACAUGGUUUGUUGCUCCCAAUGUAUUUCAGCACUAACUAAAUGUGCAGUCUGUAGAACCCAAAUAAAGGGCACCGUCCGAGCUCUGAUGGCCAUUUGAAAUAAUGUACUAAUACAUGAAAAUGGCUGACCUUGGUAAAGAAAGAGGCUUCUAAAGGUGACGGCUUUCUUUCAUUUUCAAUAUUAUGUUUCCUAUAGUUUAAGCAUCACUACAUACACAUAAAUCACGUAGAAUUUCUUGUGAGUAUAUUAUUAUCAUUUGUGAAAUGUUGAUUUAACUCGUACAUUUUUGUAGACAUUUGUCUGUGAUUUCGUCAUGUAAAUUAAAACUAAUAUUAAGGCAUCGCCACAGUCACAACUCAAUAUCAGUUCAUAUUUUCAGGCCGAAAAUUUUGCUCUUGAAAGUUGCACUAAAGUCUUAACAGCUGGUCAAAUUAUCAUCAACAUAGAAGCAUAUGAUGAUUUAUAGUACAUAUGCCGCUUGUAAAAUGUUUGAAUCUCGUUUAGACCGAAACCUUACCCCAAAAUAUUAAAAUCUUACGUGCAGUCAAACUCCAAUAUAAAGAAAUAUUACAAAGACAACAUUUUGUUCAUUUUAAAGUACAAUAUGUAUACUGCAAACUUUUACGGAUUUUUGUCCAAAUUGUUCCUGGUUAUUGCAUUAGACACAAAAAGACAACCCCAUGUAAAUUUAAUUUAAAAUGUUGUUUCUACAUGCAUUACUGACCACAGCUAGCUAGGUAAACCUAUACACAAAAGGUCCUAUAAUAUCACCUGUUUAUAUACAUAUAAAUUAUGUGUAAACAGAUAACACAAAUUGGAUAAAUUGAUGGUGCUGGGAUUUUUGUGAAUAAUUCAGUGACUAGGUAAAAUUUCAAAAUAAUUUCUUAAGACUUUGUUCUUCACGGUCUGCUUUACAAUUGACUGUAAUUAUCUCUUAAAUGUAUUGAAUAUAUAUUGAGUUUGCCUGCAUGUAAAAUAGCAAAAUUUUGUCAUUUUGGUCAGAGAAAAAUAUCGAAUAAAGACAUAAUACAGGUAGUGAAAUGCACAUCCUUUUACUUGCAUAUGUUCACAUUGAUAUUUAGAACAUAAUUAUGACAAAAUUAUUGACUUUAUUGUUACCACUUAGUCAUCUUUUAUUUUAUGAAAAUUUGCAUGUAAAAUUUUGAGUCAAAUGGCCGCCACUGUGGCGAUGCCUUAAUGAAUUGCCCGAAUAAGGUCUGCAGCAAUUACUUGAAUUAAGUUCCCCCAUAUCAUUAAAAUAACUUUAAAUCUAUUUUUAUAAACACAUCUUAAAUAUUUAAAACAAAUGAACUGUUCCUAAGUUUAGACUAUUUUAUUGCGCUCUAUCUACCCCGUAAUUACUAAAUAUAUAUAUACGUUAAAAUCGCCGAGGAGGUAAAUCGAUUAUGUGUACAUGCUAUUUGAUAUGUUUCUGUUAUUCGAUAUACCUAAAUGUAAUUGUGUCAAUAUAUUUUUCAAAUUUG